CAUUUCAAAAUAACCCAUGUAGGGGGUAUAUUUUCUUUGUUUUCUAGUGAGUUAUUCUCCCCAUCUCAGAAGUACCAGCUUUUGGUGUAUCAUGCAGAUUCUCUCUUUCAUGAUAAGGAAUAUCGGAAUGCUGUGAGUAAGUAUACCAUGGCGUUACAGCAGAAGAAAGCCCUAAGUAAAACUUCAAAAGUGAGACCUUCAACUGGUAAUUCUGCAUCUACUCCACAAAGUCAGUGUCUUCCAUCUGAAAUUGAAGUGAAAUACAAAAUGGCUGAAUGUUAUACAAUGCUAAAACAAGAUAAAGAUGCCAUUGCUAUACUUGAUGGGAUCCCUUCAAGACAAAGGACUCCCAAAAUAAACAUGAUGCUGGCGAACCUGUACAAGAAGGCUGGUCAGGAGCGCCCUUCAGUCACCAGCUAUAAGGAAGUGCUGAGGCAGUGCCCGUUAGCCCUCGAUGCCAUACUAGGUUUGCUUUCCCUUUCUGUAAAAGGCGCAGAGGUGGCAUCGAUGACAAUGAAUGUGAUCCAGACUGUGCCUAACUUGGAUUGGCUCUCUGUGUGGAUCAAAGCAUAUGCUUUUGUGCAUACUGGUGACAACUCGAGAGCAAUCAAUACCAUCUGUUCACUAGAGAAAAAGUCCUUAUUGCGAGAUAACGUGGACCUGCUGGGAAGCUUAGCAGAUCUGUACUUCAGAGCUGGAGACAAUAAAAACUCUGUCCUCAAGUUUGAACAGGCACAGAUGUUGGAUCCUUAUUUGAUAAAAGGAAUGGAUGUAUAUGGCUACCUCCUGGCAAGAGAAGGGCGGCUAGAGGAUGUGGAGAACCUUGGCUGCCGCCUUUUCAAUAUUUCUGAUCAGCAUGCAGAACCCUGGGUGGUCUCUGGGUGUCAUAGCUUUUAUAGCAAACGCUAUUCUCGGGCCCUCUAUUUAGGAGCCAAGGCCAUUCAGCUGAAUAGUAAUAGUGUUCAAGCUUUGCUACUUAAGGGAGCAGCACUUAGAAACAUGGGCAGAGUCCAAGAAGCAAUAAUCCACUUUCGGGAGGCUAUACGGCUUGCACCUUGUCGCUUAGAUUGUUAUGAAGGUCUCAUUGAAUGCUACUUGGCUUCUAACAGUAUUCGUGAAGCAAUGGUAAUGGCUAACAACGUUUACAAAACUCUAGGAGCAAAUGCACAGACCCUUACCCUUUUAGCCACUGUUUGUCUUGAAGACCCAGUGACACAGGAGAAAGCCAAAACUUUAUUAGAUAAAGCCCUGACCCAAAGGCCGGAUUACAUUAAGGCUGUGGUGAAAAAAGCAGAACUACUUACACAACCAAAUGUAGAUGGCUUAGACCGGCUUGGAUUGGCAGUGACUCACUUUUUGAGUGGCUCAAACCAGCUACACUUGGUUGGUACCUGUUCAGAUCACUUUGAUCUGGUUUUGGUUUUCCUGAACUAG